CACCAGCUUUAGAAAGGUGAGGAAGACAAUAAUACCGGAGCUCAGUGUCUGGAUAUAAACAGACACUAGACACUUGCGUGAACUUUUUGACUUUUUAACGAUUCGAGGACAGUAAAAGGGAAUCAUUUUAACGUUUAAGAAGCUCAAUUGGUCGCUAAUAUUGUGUUUACUUACUUAUACCAAUCCACGUUGCUCUAAGUUUUCUGUGUUUACACAAACUUUGUCACGUUGUCAACGAUAUUACCUUCGUCCAUGGAGCUUUUCACGAGCGAACACAGUGUUUUUAAUCAAUGAAAUGGGAUUUACCGGCACGAGGGAGGUGUCGUGGGAUCGUACAUCUGUUUUAGUUGGAGAGGCAACCUCUUGAACCUACUCGGACACUUUUAUGAGUUUAUUUUGUGUUUUCCAUGGAGUCUGUUGGGAAGUUUGAGUUCAACAGGAAAGACCUGAUUGGUCAUGGUGCCUUUGCAGUUGUAUUCAAAGGCAGACAUAAAGAGAAACGUGACUGGGAAGUUGCUGUGAAGUGCAUCAACAAGAAAAACUUGGCCAAAUCACAAUCUUUGCUGGGUAAAGAAAUCAAAAUACUAAAGGAAUUAAAACAUGAGAACAUUGUCAGACUACUUGACUAUCAGGAAAUUGGCGGAUGUGUGUAUCUGGUCAUGGAGUACUGCAAUGGUGGGGACCUAGCAGAGUACCUUCACUCUAGAGGCACUUUAAGCGAGGACACCAUCCGUAUGUUUCUGCAGCAGAUUGCUCAGGCCAUGAAGGUCCUGCAGAGCAAAGGCAUCCUUCACCGAGACCUCAAACCCCAGAACAUCCUGCUCUGCCAUCCAGAGGGGCGCAGGUCCAGUCCCACCAAUAAAUGCAUUAAAAUCGCUGAUUUUGGCUUUGCACGUCACCUCCAGACGAACACGAUGGCAGCCACGCUGUGCGGCUCCCCCAUGUACAUGGCCCCUGAGGUCAUCAUGUCUCAGACGUAUGAUGCCAAGGCUGAUUUGUGGAGCAUAGGUACUAUUGUGUACCAGUGUCUGACUGGAAAGGCUCCUUUUCAUGCCAGCACACCACAGGAGCUCCGUCUUUUCUAUGAAAGCAACAGGACCCUCCUUCCAAGCAUCCCAAAGGAGACUUCCAGUAACCUCAGACACCUGCUGUUGGGGCUGCUGCAAAGAAACCACAGAGACAGGAUCAGUUUUGAUGAGUUUUUCCACCAUCCAUUCUUGGAGACCAGCUCACCCCCAAAGAAAAGCUCUCCUGCUCCCCUGCGCUCCUAUCCAAGUUCAGGUUCAGGAAGCUCUUCAAGCAGCUCCACAACAUCACACCUGGCUUCCCCUCAACAUUCCGAAGGAGAGAUGCACCGACUGCAACCCAAAGUGCAGUAUUCUCCUCCCCAGGACUCCCCUGUCUUCUUGAUGAGAGAAAUAGCCAAUCAGCACAGCAGGAACACGUUAUCUUCCACAGAGGACUACGUCAUGGUGCCUGCACAGUUUCCCAAUGAGUAUGCAUGUGACGUUGAAGUUGGGUCACCCAUUGAGAGUUGCCUGAUCUAUAGUGGGAGCUCACAACUGGUUGAGAGAAGUCCCGGAAAGACACCUCCGGCCUCUCCCCGACUGCACUCUCCCUCCAAGCCUAUUAGCAAGCCUGUUGAAUAUGUCGGCCCUAAGUGGAGCAAAUCAGUGCCCAUUCCUGUCCCAACUCAGAUCCAAAACUACCAGCGUAUGGAGCAGAACCUGCACCCUGCCGGCCUGCAUGGCUCAACCAGGGCCACUCUCUGCUGUGCUGGCAGCAGCAGCAGUGAAAACUCACCACAGUCUGGAGGCUGUAGAACUCCAGGUCCAGGAUCUGUAAACAACUCCCCAAGACUGGCAACUGGAGGAGCCCGACCACAGCAGUCCUCCCCUCGUGUGGGAAUGACCCCAAAGGCCUCAGAGCAGACUUUCCCGCUCAGCACAAGAACCAUACUGCUCACUGGCUCUCCUGACAUGCAGGACACCGGCAGCCCAAAGAUUCAGCCAAGGAUGCCGAACCGAACAAGGACAGUACCAGACCUUCAAUCCCUUAAUCCAAGUCCUCUUUCCCAGAACAACCUCGGCAGGAAAUCGGCCCAUAAAAAGGGCCCAUUUAAGAGAUCGCUGAGCACAGGCAGGCUGUCUGACAUGCUGCUGAAGGCGGCCUUUGGAGCUCACCUUUUUGGAGAGGGAAGUGACGAGAACCUCAACUGUGAGAAGGGCAUGGAUAUAACAGUUACAGCUCCCCCUGCUGGUUAUCACAAAGGAUUUCAGUUCACAGACAGCCCACCUCCUGCUGUCUUCACUAUGGGUUCUCCCUCUAGAGGAAACACUCCUCCUGAUGCUCUGGUAUCUAGGAUGUUUUCAGGCUCCCCCAGCUACGUGAACUCAGCCUGGCUACUGAACAGUCGCCUUCUUCAGGGAGGAAGCCCCCGAAACAGUGAGACUGAAGCCAUGGACGCUACUCCACACAGCAGUCUGGUCUUCCAUCCUCCAGAGCUCCCUGAAGAUACACUGAUGGAGCAGGCUCAUACAGACACUCUGGGUGAAUUACGAUUCAUCCUGGCGUUCGUCCAUUGUGUCAUGGAAUUGGCUUCCUCAAAGGAACUGAGCUUUGACAGCAACAGCAGCCCUGAUGUUUCCUUUUUAGAGCAAAGCUUGGUGACAGAUCAGAUCAGCCUUCUGAGUAAAGAAUGGAGCUAUGCAGAGCAGUUGGUGCUGUACAUUAAGGCUGAAGAGUUUCUGUCAGCGGCACUGCACACAGCCAAAGACAAUAUCAAACAGGGUCGACUCCUUCCCUCUGCUACAGUCAAACAAGUGAUCAGGAAGCUGAAUGAAUUGUACAAGAGCUGUGUCACAUACUGCCGCUCCCUCAAUCAUCGACUGGAGACCUUCUUACUUGACAAACAGAAGCUGAUGGAGCGCUUCAAUGGACUCACAGCAGAGAAGCUUAUCUAUAGCCACACUGUGCACAUGGUACAGUCUGCUGCGUUGGAUGAGAUGUUCCACUAUGGCACAGCAUCAGUCCAGCGCUACCACAAAGCUCUGUUGCUGAUGGAGGGCCUGUCUCGAAUCAUCACAGAGCAAAAAGACAUUGACAGUGUUGAUAAAUGUAAGCAGUGUAUCGAGCGACGCCUAACUGCUCUGCAGUCUUAACAGUAUCCAUGAGGUUUAUGAGCACGCCCACGGCAACUGCAUUAUUCUUCCUCAUCCAUGUCAGUGUUGAUGGACUCUCCUAAACUGUCAAUAGACAAAAGCACUUUGAACCGUCUUAAGGGAAUUGACCAGCAGAGCAUCUGCUCUGAUCCCCCCCAGCCAGUCUGUAAUAUUUACAUAAAUGCACAGAAAAGACUGAAAGACAUUUUCUGACAACAUAUUGUUAUGAUUGUCCGACUUCUUCAAUCAUGUGUUUUGUUUUUGUUUAGUUACAGAUUGUACUAUAGUGUGUUUUUUUUGUUUGCACAUAGAAUAAUCAGAUUGAGAAAGUGCUGAUAUUUCAUGGGUUUUACUUGAAACAAUAAUUAUUUAGUUGUGAAGCACAUGUGGUUUGUGCUGGGUGAAAGUUCACAAGCCAACAGGAGAUUGAAUGUUUUGGAUAAGAUGACCAAAUAUUGCAAGUGUAUAGAAGUAAUGGGGAAACUGUGCCUGCUCUUAGAAAUGUUGGUCUGAGCAAAGUAGUGAAUGUAGAGGUAAUGAAAGUAUAAGCUACCAAGUAGAGUUACACUGUAUAACAUCAUAACCCUGAAUAAGUACAUUUGACAUUUGGAAGAGAUCUUGGUUUUAUUAAAGCUGAUCUAUCCAUGUCUUCUGUCAACUGGGGUGCACAUGGUCUGAAUGUAAAUUACCUGCAAGUCAUGUUGUUUGUUUCUCUAUUGUAUUGUUUGUCAGCAAAUUAGUUUUUAAUUUUGUAGCUGUUUGGAGUUGUGAUAAGUGAGUGUUUUGGCUUGUAAAUACAUUUGCACAUGAUUUCUGCCUGAUAGGAAACUCUUUCAUUAGAUUUACACAUCAAUUGAUGUGUACAUUUUAGUGUUUGAGGAAAAGUUUGAUAGGAUUACGAUUUGCCUUUUUCUACUUGUGUUUUGUGAAUGCUUGUGAAAAUAAUGUAAGAAUGUGUUGUGACACACUGAUGUAAAUAAAUAUUUAUUGUUAAAACU